GGGUGCAGGCGGGGCCUUCCCGGCUGCUGGGGUGGUGGCGGCGGCGGCAGCGGCGGCGGCGGCGGUGGGAGCCCGGCGGUCCGCGGAGCGCAGCCUCAGCCAUGACUGCGGAGCUGCAGCAGGACGACGCGGCCGGAGCGGCUGACGGCCACGGCUCGAGUUGCCAAAUGCUGUUAAAUCAACUGAGAGAGAUCACGGGCAUUCAAGAUCCGUCCUUCCUACACGAAGCUUUAAAGGCCAGUAACGGCGACAUCACCCAGGCUGUCAGCCUGCUCACUGAUGAAAGAGUUAAGGAGCCCGGCCAGGACACCGAGGCCACCGAGCCUUCCGAAGUAGAGGGCAGUGCCGCCAACAAAGAAGCAUUAGCAAAAGUGAUAGAUCUUACCCAUGAUAACAAAGAUGACCUUCAGGCUGCCAUUGCUUUGAGUCUAUUGGAGUCCCCCAAAAUUCAAGCUGAUGGAAGAGAUCUUAACAGGAUGCACGAGGCAACCUCUGCAGAAACCAAACGCUCAAAGAGAAAGCGCUGUGAAGUCUGGGGCGAAAACCCCAACCCAAAUGACUGGAGGAGAGUGGACGGCUGGCCAGUCGGCCUGAAGAAUGUUGGCAACACGUGUUGGUUCAGUGCUGUUAUUCAGUCUCUCUUUCAGCUGCCUGAAUUUCGAAGACUUGUGCUCAGCUACAGUCUGCCACAAAAUACACUUGAGAACUGUCGCAGUCACACGGAAAAGAGAAAUAUUGCGUUUAUGCAAGAGCUUCAGUAUUUGUUUGCUCUUAUGAUGGGAUCAAAUCGAAAAUUUGUAGACCCUUCUGCAGCCCUGGACCUGUUAAAAGGAGCAUUCCGAUCAUCCGAGGAACAGCAGCAAGAUGUGAGUGAAUUCACACACAAGCUCCUGGACUGGCUGGAGGACGCUUUCCAGCUAGCUGUUAACGUGAACAGCAAUCCCAGGAACAAAUCUGAAAAUCCCAUGGUGCAGCUAUUCUACGGUACUUUCUUAACUGAAGGGAUUCGUGAAGGAAAGCCCUUUUGUAACAACGAGACCUUUGGCCAGUACCCCCUCCAGGUAAACGGUUAUCACAACUUAGACGAGUGUCUGGAAGGGGCCAUGGUGGAGGGUGACAUUGAGCUUCUUUCUCCUGACCAUGCAGUGAAGUAUGGACAAGAGCGUUGGUUUACCAAGCUACCUCCAGUGCUGACCUUUGAGCUCUCAAGAUUCGAGUUCAAUCAGUCCCUUGGGCAGCCAGAAAAAAUUCAUAAUAAGCUGGAAUUUCCUCAGAUUAUUUAUAUGGACAGGUACAUGUACAAGAGCAAGGAGCUCAUUCGCAGUAAGAGAGAGUGUAUUCGGAAGCUGAAGGGAGAAGUGAAAGUCCUGCAGCAGAAACUGGAAAGAUAUGUGAAGUACGGCUCGGGCCCCGCCCGGUUCCCGCUCCCCGACAUGCUGAAGUAUGUUAUCGAAUUCGCCAGUACAAAGCCUGUGUCAGAAAGCUGUCCGUCUCCGAGCAACACACAUGGGCUGCUGCCAGAUUCUUCGGUACAGUGCUCAGUUUCUGACCUGGCGGCCAAGGACAGUGUAAGUCUAGAAUGCUCCUCAGAGGACGUUGACCGCACCUUUGUUCCCCAUGAAGACCAUCUGCACGGGUCCGAGGGGAUGGACAGGCCGCCGCCCUCCCGCCGGCCCCCCCUGGGAAUGCCUGCACAGCCCGCCCCUCGAACCGUCACGCCUGAGGAGAUGGCCUUUGUUAGGACCUGUCUCCAGAGGUGGAGGGGUGAAAUUGAACAAGACAUACAAGACUUAAAGAGUUGUAUCGCCAGCACCACGGAGGCUAUUGAGCAGAUGUACUGUGACCCUCUCCUUCGCCAGGUGCCUUAUCACCUGCAUGCAGUCCUCGUUCACGAAGGACAAGCCAACGCUGGACACUACUGGGCCUACAUCUAUAACCAGCCCCGCCAGGUCUGGCUCAAGUACAAUGACAUCUCCGUCACUGAGUCUUCCUGGGAAGAACUUGAAAGAGAUUCGUACGGGGGCCUGAGGAAUGUCAGCGCUUACUGUCUGAUGUAUAUUAAUGACAAGCUGCCCCACGUUAACGCAGAGACCUCCCCAGAUGAAUCGGAUCAGAUGAUAGCAGAACUGGAAGCCCUGUCUGUUGAACUCAAACAUUACAUUCAGGAAGACAACUGGAGGUUUGAGCAGGAAGUAGAGGAGUGGGAGGAAGAGCAGUCUUGCAAAAUCCCUCAAAUGGAAUCCUGUUCGAGCCCCGCGUCCCAGGAAUUCUCUUCUUCACAAGAGCCCGCAGCAGCCCCUGCUCCCGGCGUCCGCAGCCUGUCGUCCGAGCAUGCCGUGAUCGUGAAGGAGCAGACCGCCCAGGCCAUCGCCAACACGGCCCGCGCCUACGAGAAGAGCGGCGUGGAGGCAGCCCUGAGCGAGCUUAAAGAAGCUGAACCCAAGAAGCCCAGGCCCCAGGAAGCAAACCCUUCAGAGCAGUCAGAGCGGCCCCCGCAGGCUCAGGCCGCCGCCCCGCCUGGCUCUGAGGUCUCUGAAGUGGACAUCCCCAGUGUGGGAAGGAUUCUGGUUAGAUCUGAUGCAGAUGGCUAUGAUGAGGAGGUGAUGCUGAGCCCUGCCAUGCAAGGGGUCAUCCUGGCCAUAGCUAAAGCCCGUCAGACCUUUGACCGAGAUGGGUCUGAAGCAGGGCUUAUUAAGGCGUUCCAUGAAGAAUAUGCCAGGCUCUAUCAGCUUGCCAAGGAGGCCCCCUCCUCUCACAGUGACCCGCGCCUUCAGCAUGUUCUUGUCUACUUUUUCCAAAAUGAAGCACCCAAAAGGGUCGUAGAGCGGACCCUUUUGGAACAGUUUGCAGAUAAAAAUCUGAGCUAUGAUGAAAGAUCAAUCAGCAUUAUGAAGGUGGCUCAGGCUAAACUGAAGGAAAUUGGUCCUGAUGAUAUGAAUAUGGAAGAGUACAAGAGGUGGCAUGAAGAUUACAGUUUGUUUCGGAAGGUGUCCGUGUACCUCCUGACAGGUCUGGAACUCUACCAAAAAGGAAAGUACCAGGAAGCACUGUCCUACCUGGUCUACGCCUACCAGAGCAAUGCCGCUCUGCUGAUGAAGGGGCCCCGCAGGGGUGUGAAGGAGUCAGUGAUUGCUUUGUACCGAAGAAAGUGCCUUCUGGAGCUAAAUGCUAGAGCAGCUUCACUCUUUGAAACCAACGAUGACCACUCUGUAACCGAGGGCAUUAAUGUGAUGAAUGAGCUGAUCAUUCCGUGCAUUCACCUCAUCAUUAAUAACGACAUCUCCAAGGAUGACCUGGAUGCCAUUGAAGUCAUGAGGAACCAUUGGUGCUCUUACCUUGGGCAGGACAUUGCAGAAAAUCUGCAGCUGUGCUUAGGGGAGUUUCUGCCCAGGCUUCUGGAUCCUUCCGCAGAAAUCAUUGUCUUGAAGGAACCACCAACCAUUCGCCCUAAUUCUCCUUACGACCUUUGUAGCCGAUUUGCAGCUGUCAUGGAGUCAAUUCAAGGGGUUUCCACUGUGACAGUGAAAUAAGCACCUCCCGUGCGAGGCCCACCGUGCUCUCCGGUUGCCUGCUUGUAGCGCAGCAGUCUGUCACCACAGCGUUCUCGGGGAGAGGAUUAGGUGGGUAAGUGAGGCUCACCGCCACACCCCCCUGCUGCCUGUUUCAGCAGGGCUAAAGACAAAGUUGCACUUUGUAGGUUCAAAGUUAGAAAAGCUGUUCACUUGUAGAAAAGGCAGGAAGCAGUGUGGUGUGCUGAGGUCUUGAAUUAUGCCUGAAGACCUGAAAUGCCUUGAAGCCACACGCUUGGGCUUUCUCUAAUCCCUUCACCGCUUUUUAAAUUAUCCUUCAGGCAUAAAUAUUUUUGACAGCAGACUAGAAGAGUGACUCCUCAGAACCUGACCCCAUGAGCAGCUCCUAGUUAUUUCACCAGGUACAGAUGGCAUUUUAAAAUUCGGAAUCAGGAGAGACGAGGAAUGCAAACCCUGCCUUGCUCUUGAUGAGAGGAGAGCACAGCGGGCUUCUGCGAGCCCUCGUGGGUGGACGUAAGCUCGCGUGGCAGGAGGUCUGGAAGGUCAAAGCUGCACCUCCUUUCUUGUGUCUCCUGUGUUUUUAAAUAAGUCACAAGGCCUCAUUCGCAGGCCUGAGUAAAGGGAAGACUGCAAGAGCUUUGGACAGAACAGCUUUGUGCAGGUCGGCUGACGAUGGCGUUGUAGUACAUUCAGGCAGAAUUCUCCCCUCUCUGAAAAUUGUCGGAAACAGAUGUCUGAGGCCGCUGGCUGCCCGGUAGAACAUUUGAUUCCCCCUGUCCUUUUUUGGUUUUAACAAAUCAGGAAUAUGGAUUUGUAAAAAGAAGAAUAUAUAUAUAUAUAUAUGUAUGUAUAUGUAUAUGUAUAUUUAGAGAUAAAACUACUUUUAAAAUACUUCUAACUGGGAAUUACGUUUAAACCAAAAUUUGAUUAACACAGGAAACACGGGAAAGAACAACACUUGAUACAACUAUGCAGAUUUUAUAAUGUGCAAUAAAAGUAUUUGUUUUA